AUGCUGCCCUGCGGCACUCCUGCUGUCAUUGUGGCUUUCGGUACUGAUCACACAGAUUGUGAUAUGCUAGCUGUGGUGUUCAUGUCACACGGGGAACAAGAUAUCUUGUGGUGUAGGGAUGGCCACAUAAAAGCCGAGUAUCUUUUUGAGAGCUUUCAAAGCGAUCAAUGUAAAUCUCUCGCUGGAAAACCAAAGUUGUUCUUCAUACAGGCAUGUCGUGGAGAGCGUCUGGACACUGGCGUGACACUGGAACGCUCUCGACCUACUGAUGAGACUGACUGCGGUUACUUGUCCUACAGAAUUCCGGUAGCGGCUGAUUUCCUAAUCUGCUGGUCCACCAUACCAGGUCAUUAUUCGUGGCGCAACAUCUCUAGUGGUUCCUGGUUCAUACAGUCGUUGGUUCAUGUCUUGGGCAAGGAAUACACCUAUGAAGAUUUGCUGUCCAUGAUGAUAAAUGUCAAUAGAUAUAUGAUUAUUAACUACGAAUCCCACUGCCCUUCUAAUCACCACAUGCAUGGAAUGAAACAGACAGCCAGUAUUGUCGCUACUUUGAUGCGCAAGGUAUACCUUACACCUAAAUACUGACAACAUGAUGAGUGAAGAAACUCAACAUGAUCAGUCAGGCUUGCACUGGAGGCACCAAUAACCUUGGAAGAACACGUUCAAAUUUCUGAACGUGCAGAUCCUCAUGUAUCCUUGUUGUCUGAGAUAGAUAAGUUCUUGUGU